AUGACAAGCAAGCACAAAAUAGCAGGACAAGCUUUUCUCAGCCAACCUGCCCAUUGCCUUCGAUACGAAAUGGUAUUGAACCAGCUGGGUGUUGAGGUUGACGAAGGCUUGACACAAGAAGAUGCUGCUCAACGCCUUCAGCUCUAUGGGCCAAAUAAGCUUGAUGAAGGCGAAGGCGCCUCGAUUAUCAAGAUCCUUGUUCGACAGGUAGCAAAUGCAAUGAUGCUAGUGCUAAUUUUGGCAAUGGCGGUCAGUUUUGGUAUUCAAUCAUGGAUUGAGGGCGGGGUGAUUGCGGCUGUCAAAGUCUUGAAUAUCGUGGUGGGCUUUUUUCAGGAGUAUGCGGCGGAGAAACCGAUGGAAUCAUUGCAUUCACUUAGCUCACCCACUGGCACGAUCACCAGAGGCGACGUAACGCUUUCGGUGCCUUCAUCAAACAUAGUUAUGGGCGAUAUUGUUGAACUCAAGACCGGCGAUACUAUUUCUGCAGACCUUACCUUCGCGAUCAAUUUCGAAACAGACGAAGCUCUCCUUACAGGCGAAUCGUUACCCGUACAGAAAGAUUGCGACUUGAUAUUUUCCGAAAAUACCGGCCCGGGCGACAGACUCAAUAUCGCCUAUAGCUCUAGUACCGUUACCCGUGGUCGCGCCCGCGGCGUUGUGCCGAGGGCAUGGAGUUUGACCGGUACUGACGCUAUUGACCGAUUCCUCGGCGUCAACCUGUCUAAACUGGCAAUUCUACUGUUGCUUAAAGGCAUAAUCUGUUUAGGGUUCCAGUUGUAG